CUUUGGUUUUUGCUUCUUCCUGUCUUAUUGAAUUUUCAGGCCUUGAUACAAGAUUUGCUUCGCAGUGGAUAGUAACUAACUGUUAGUUACUAAUGGUAACUAAUGGUAAUGUGAUUCCCAUUUUGAAAGGUAAUGACACAAAAGUUGUAAAUGAGCUAAUUAGAAACUUAAAACGUGCCUGGUUCAGACUUUAGAAACGGCCAACUUCCCUGAGUUUUUUUUGGGGGGGGACACAAAAAAAUAUGCUGUUAAUAUUUUACAAAAAAUUGCACCUCAUAUCUAAGUGGUGGGCUCAUUUCACAUGUGGUGGUUUUAUUAAGCUACUGUUUGUAGUAAUUUGUAUUAAUUUCAACAGCACAAAGAAAUGUGAAAAUUAUACUUUUCUUUGGGACCAGCAUUGAGUCAAAAAGAUUUGUGCUUGCAAAUAUGCAGCCCUAACUAUUAAUGUUUUGUAAUUUGCAACAUAUUUUUUAAUUGUAUUUAUUUAUUUUUUUGGUAUAAGGCACCAAAACAUCUCCAGGAUAGAAACCCUUAUUCUGGUAAAUCCUGCUAUGCAUGGUGCCAUUUUCCUUUCCCCGUUUCAAUUUUAUCUAUCUGUUUGUCUAAUAAUUUUCAUUUAGCUUUUUCUGUGUGUUUAGCUUAGAAAAAUUGUGUUUGGGAUGGCAACAUGAGUGGGUGUGGCCCGGGCCGCGAUUCUCCACACAGUAACAGCUGACUGAAGAGGUCGCUGGCCGAGCACGCUCCUUUACGUCAACACGCAGCCCCAACAGAGGAUUUAAAACGGCUAGUCUGUGCGAGCCUCCGGUUGGAAACUUUCCAACCACGGAGAGACCAGCGCGUCAGCGGCAUCCACACACCGCUCGGCAGCGGCUCCCACCUUCUAGUCAUGUCCAAUGGCAGCAGCAGCAACAACAACAACAACACGGCGCGGUUUGACGCGGCCAGGAGAGUGGCGAUCUUCGGAGGGACUCACGGGAACGAAAUGUCCGGCGUGACACUUGUUAACCUGUGGACGCAGAACAGCGCUGAGAUCCAAAGAAAGGGACUGGAGAUCAAGCCCUUCAUCACGAACCCGAAGGCUGUGGAGAAGUGUGUUCGAUACGUGGACACGGACCUGAACCGAGCCUUUACUCAGGAGAACCUCAGCGCAACAGGAGGCGACGAGCUGCCCUACGAGGUGCAGAGGGCCCAGGAGAUCAACAGGAUGUUCGGACCCAAAGGAAGCGCCGAAGCCUACGACGUGAUCUUCGACCUCCACAACACCACGUCCAACAUGGGCUGCACUCUGAUCCUGGAGAGCUCCAAAGACGCCUUCAAUCUGCAGAUGAUGAAUUACAUAAAGAAAGCCUUCGCUCCUGCUAGUUGUCUUGUUCUCCUGAAUGAACACCCUCUGCUGAAAUAUUCCACCUCUCGCUCUGUGGCCAAGCACCCUGUUGGAAUGGAAGUGGGUCCUCAGCCUCAAGGGGUUUUAAGAAGUAACAUCUUUGAAGCUAUGAGGGUCAUCCUCAAACAUGCCCUGGACUUCAUCUCUCUCUUUAACGAAGGAAUGGAGUUUCCUCCAUGUACGGUGGAAGUCUUCCGGGUCUUGGAGAGGAUGGACUACCCCAGGGAUGCCAACGGGAACAUUAUUGCCAUGGUUCACCCCAACCUGCAGGACUGUGACUGGGAGCCGCUGAACCCUGGCGACCCAAUGUUCCAAACGUUUGACGGGAAGUCCAUCCACUACCAAGGCUCCAGCACCGUUUAUCCCACUUUUAUUAAUGAGGCAGCCUACUACGAGAAACAACAGGCGUUUGUGACCACCAGGCGAGAAACCUUGGCUGCGAGUGCCAUCAGGAAAGCAUGAAGUGUUCUCCGGAAAGGCAGAAAAAAAAAAAAACAGCAACAAAAAAAAAAAUCCCAAUAAAACAUCAAAACCCUGCAGAGAUAUGUAAGUAGAUUUUGCACAGGUUGCAAAUCAAAACGCUCUGUGCAAAAUAACAUUCUGAUUCCAUUUUCAUCUUUUUAAUAUAAGAAAAAUCAAUUAACUAUGCAAAAAUUCACCUAUUAAGCUAAGUAUUUAUGAUACUGUCCAUUUAUUUACAUUAAAUGAACUGAACUUUUAUAAGUGUUUUAAAGGCCAGGCCUCAUUACUGUUGGCUCAUUAAACAUUCCAAACACACUCUUUGAGUUUCCUACUGCUGCUCAGGAAGGCCAUGGAAGAUCAACACCUUCGACCUCUGACCCAGAACUGUUGUCUCCUGCUGGAAACGUGUAUGUAAGAUCUAUCGGGGUGAGCUAUGUGUGGCCUUUGAUUCUACCUACCUUUAACUCCAGUAUUGCAUCUGUGGUGCUGCCCUAUUGUUGCCUUAUUUGGGGGGUUUCCAGAGAAACUCAACACAGCAAAUUUAGAGAAGACUUUGUGUAAAACAUGUCAAUCCAAAAGAGGUUAUUUUGAGAGAUGGUACAUGAGCUCUUCCUUUUACGCUCCAUUGAUAGUGUGAGACGUGUUUUGUAAUUACAUUAACAUGUAUUUUUUGAUAUGUCUAUUUAUGUAUGUUUGAUUUUAAGUAUUUUCUAGAAGUCUGACGUUUUUAAUGUCUUGUGCGUCUUUGUGUAAUGCCGUCGUCUUAGUGUAGGUCGUUUUUCAAUCAGCAAUAUUCCUCUGAGCACCAUUUAUAUUAAACAGUAAAGUACUGUGACAAUUAUCCUUUCAAUAAAUGUAUUACAUCAGCG